AUGGCGAGAGCGACGCGAGCUGGCACACCUGCGCGGCAAUGGGGCAAUAAUGAGAACGCGUUCAUCUUCAACUACGUGGACGAAUGCCUGGGAGACCAACAACACUACAAUUCCACGAUAGCGAAGAGGAUUUUCGAUUACUCGGGACGAAUAUUGACAUACAGCGGAGUCCAGACGCAGCUGUAUCGUCUUAUGAGCAAGUUUGAUCAGACAGCCUCUGUACAACAACUGCUGCAGGAUGGUACAAAAUGCCUAAACAUCAAAAACCUCCCGGAUGAACUAGUGCGCGAGAUGAAUCAACAGCGCCUGGAGUGGAACCUCGGGGAGUUGGUGAGAGACACAUUCUCUCGCGAUGUUGCAGCCGACAUGGACAGACGGUUGCCUAGUAUCUCGAGGUCAUAUCGAGAGCAAACCGUAACCGACUCGGACAUGACGGAGGACGACCCAACAGAUGCUGAGUAUGUGGACAGUAUCCUAGAUUCCGCUACCGCAACGUCACAGGAUACUAGCAAAGGAGACGUAAAGUGUCCGGAAGAAAGGCAAACUGCUCCCGUAGCACUCCAGAAGGUCGAACAGCCAAUUGUCACUCGACCAGCUCCCUCGCAUAUGCACCCUGGGGGAUCUACGCAGAAACGGCAGGCACCACCUAUUGAGGUGAUCGACCUGGACGAGGCUACUCCACCUUCUUCUAAGCGACUUGCUCUGGACAGGACAGUGAAAGUGACUAUGGACUCGCCGAAGCCAUCAGCGCCUUCGGAACAUCUGCGUACUCCAGAUAGUGUCAGCCAUCCGCCUCGAGAGUUGCCGACCGAUGCACCUCCAAGAGGCAGUAUAGCACAAACAAUCCAUACACCCACAGCUCAAAAUAUCUCUUCGACGCCUCAGCCCCAAGCGCUCAACAAAGCGAUUGAAGGAAAGCUUGAUGAUUUGAACUAUCUCGUGCUCUCACUAUUGCAGGAGCGUGUGGAAUUGAAGAACCCGAUGACACCGGACAUGGAACAGAGGAUGAGAAGUGUCCUGACGAGCAUGCAGCAAGAGCCUGGGCAUCUCGCUCAAAGGUUACUUAGUUACCUUGAAGCGGCUGACGCUGCGAAAAAAAAUUUGUCAAAUCAGUUCCGAGCAAUGGUCGGCCGUCAGAUUCUUGGAACGAGUCCGGAAUUCCCCCCAAUUCCUAUUCAGCGAGAGGUCGAUCGAGACUGGCAGUCAAUUCGGCAAGGUAUUAAGGAUGCAUUCACGAAUGAGGUUGGUGUUGAUAUCCAAGGUCCAAUUCCAACACUAGUGUCUGCAGGCUAUGUUGCCAGUACCAUUGAUGAGCUGUUAGAUGAUCCUCGGGUCCGAAAAGGACUCUUCUCUAAGCUUGAAGGUCACUUGAAGAGCCCACGCUUAGCACAGUCGUUGAUGAGUGCUUUAUUCUGCCGCUGGCUAUUCUUCACCCCGGAUACAAUGUGCGAGGGAAAGCACAAUGAGUUGACAAUGAAGCAGUAUGAGGCGAUAUCGCUUAGUGACGGUCUGGCAGGGGUGCAGCGUAUUGACGUGCUAGGCUUCAGCCUACUCUUCGCAGAUCAAGACUUCCAGAAAACCGAAUUGCAGAAGGCUGCAGUUAAACUGGUCACGCGCUUCCGUCACAUGAUGAAGAGCGCGUGUUCAACCGCGUCAGGUGUCGAGAGCAUCCAAGAUCCCGAGGCUUGGGCUCAAGGAGCUUUGAAACUCAAACAGAAGCUUAUGAUCAGUCCUAAGGAGUACCGUAUCCAUUUCUGUCUCCCGGCGACGCUAUUCGACCCUACGUGGAUGAUAGCAGAGGAUGCAGAAGGGUAUCGCUGCCCAUCCGCAAAGGCGAAAGGGAAGGAAAUCCUCGUGUGUCUUUUCCCUGCGCUCGUAGAGCAGAACAGCAGGACUUUUGAAGCUGGGGCAGGCAUAUCGGAUGCACUGGUCAAGAAUAAGAAGUUCUUCCCCACGUGGCAGGAGAAGCGGGGGCUCAAUCCGAAGUGCGUGAUAUCGAAGGCUGUGGUUGUGAUAGUCUAAGGAAAAGACGGUUGCCAUCCAAGAUGAACGCACUAGUGGAUUGCGGUGGAACGUGAUGGCCACUCGAGUUCAUCAGAUAUGUAUAGUAUAGAAGUGGAUAGGCUGGGUACUUAGGAGCUGAUUGGCUAUCCUAUAGAAUUCCCAUCAUUCCAACAUGACUAUCCGCAAUUGCAAUCCAAGCCGCGCGAUAACACAUAAUUCUAUCACA